UGCUAAUUUCUGAACGUAAACACACUCUGGGAAAAUUCACGAACUCCAGCAAUAACUAAGAUUUUGUCAUCUCAUUGUAGUAGAUUUGAAAAGACAAUCUACUGUGGUGCUGGUGUCAGCUAGUUCUACCAAUCUGAAAGAGAAACCGGAGUCAGAAAUGCCUCGUAAGAAGCCAUUUAGUGGCAAACAAAAGAAGCAUCAGUUGCAGGAGAAACGAGAUCGCAAGCGGCCAGAUAGGCCAGAUGGACACCAUCGCCCGCCGCACGGGCCCCAUGCAGGAAUGGGUCACAGAUCUCGGCAGCAGUCCCAAGAGCUCCUGAGCAGUGAGGAUCGGAACUCCACCUCGGAAGGGGAGAUGCCCGAGGUCAACGCACUGAACCAGCAACCUAAUCAGGGAAUGGGAUUGGACUCGCAGUAUGACCCUAACAGGUAUCAUCUUCACUUUCAAAAGGAUUCUAAAUCUGAGUUGGCAUCACGUAAGAAACGGGCCAUGCAGCCCUAUGACCCGUUACCAGAGAGUGCCCUGGAAGUGGAUAUCGAUGACAUCUACCAGCCAGGUUCGGUCCUGGACAUGCCUAAGAGACCCUCCUGGGACUAUAACGUUGGCAAGGACAAGCUGGAACACAGAGAGGAGCAGGAAUUCAGAAACUACCUCCAGACAAUCUACGAGAAGUUCCCUUCAAAGAAACUCAGCUAUUUCGAGAUAAAUCUAGAGACCUGGAGACAGCUUUGGAGGGUGCUCGAAAUGUCCGACAUCGUGCUCCUGAUCACCGACAUCAGGCACCCGGCCCUCCACUUCUCGCCCGCCCUCUACGACUACGUCACGCGGGAUCUCAAGAAACACCUCAUCCUCGUCCUCAACAAGAUCGACCUGGCCCCGCCCUCCGUGGUGGUGGCGUGGAGGUCGUACCUCAAGGAGAAGUUCCCCCAACUGCAGGUGAUCUGCUUCACGUCUUUCCCCAGGGAGUCACAGACCCCUGAGGGCGGUAUAUCAGGUGUAUCAGGAUUCAAGAGAAAAAAACGUGGGAAGUUCACGGCAGUAGGUCCUAUGCAGCUACUCCAAGCAUGUGAGAUGGUAACACGUGGAAAUGUUGAACUAAAUAGCUGGAGAGAGAAAAUUGAGGCCGACAUGAGAGGUGAGGACAGCCUAGCCUCACAGGUCAUCGCUUCAAACACCGAAGAAAUGACAAUGUAUGAGGAACAUGAGGCAUUUAAAGACGGCAUCAUUACAAUAGGAUGUGUCGGUCAUCCUAACGUUGGCAAAUCCUCGGUGAUGAACGGUCUGUGUGGUCGCAAGGUGGUCAGUGCCUCCAGGACACCCGGACACACCAAGCAUUUCCAGACCAUAUUCCUCACACCGACGGUCAAGCUGUGCGACUCACCUGGUCUUACGUUUCCCUCGCUGGUUGACAAACAAUUUCAGAUACUUUCCGGUAUUUACCCCGUGGCUCAAGUCCAGGAGCCUUACACGGCGGUUGGCUACCUGGCACAGAGGAUACCACUAACUCAGAUCCUAAGGAUACGCCAUCCAGAGGCUGACGGUUCACCAGAGGGGGCCUCAGGGGCACAUUGGACCGCUUUCGAUAUAUGUGAAGCUUGGGCGGAGAAGAGGGGCUUCAUCACAGCUAAAGCAGCCAGGAAAGACACGUACAGGGCUGCCAACAAUAUCCUAAGGAUGGCCGUAGAUGGCAGGCUAUGUAUGUGUAUGACCCCACCAGGCUACACGGCUCAAAAAGAAUUUUGGGAGCAGCACCAAGAGACACUCGAGAUCGGUCGACUUCAGGACCAGCACAGACGAGUGGAGGAGGAUUUGGACAGAGAGGGCGACAAAGAAGACGACCUCUCGGACCAGUUCACCAGCAGCGGAGAGGACAGCGAUGCCGACGUCGAGAGCAACGAUGUCGACAGGGAGUCGGACUCGAGGAGGAAGGAGCGGAGGCGGAAAGGGAACUCGAGCAUGGCGACUACGAACCCGUUUGAUUUACUAAUGGAUGCAUGAUAGUUUGGAAGUCGGUGGAAAAGACUAAUAAUUUGGCAUUUCAUUGUGGAAUCUCUUUGGAUGCAUGAUAUUUUGGACGUCAGUGGAAAAGACGAAUAAAGUGGUAUUUCAUAGUGGAGUCCACUCAAUUUGCAGUUGGUGCAAGAUAGUUUGGAAGUCAGUGGAAAAGGGUAAUAAAGUGGCAUUUCGUAGUGGAAACCAUUUGGUUGUUGAUGGAUGCCAGAUAGUUUGGAAGGCAGUGGAAAAGACUAAUAAUCCAGGGUUUCGUAGUGGAAACUGUUCAGUUUGUUGAUGGAUGCCAGAUAGUUUGGAAGGGAGUGGAAAAGACUAAUAAUCGGGCAUUUAAUAGUGGAAUCCGUUGGAUUUGCUGAUGGCUGCAAGAUAGUUUGGAAGUCGGUGGAAAAUGCUGAAAUUGGGAGCAUUUCGUUGUGGAAUCCAUUUGAUUUGCUGAUAGAUGAAUGAUCGUUUGGAAGUCUGCAGAAAAGACUAAUAAUCCACCGUUCGGUUUGUUGACGAAUCAAAUGAUUGUUUGGAAGACAGAGACAAAGGCUAAUAAUCGAGCAUUUCAUUGAGGAAUCCCUUUGAUUAUCUGAUGGUUGCAAAAGGGUUUUGAAGUCAGUGGAAAAGACUUAUAAAGUGGCAUUUCAAAGUGAAACACAAAUGGUUUGUUGAUGGAGGCAAGAUAACUUAAAAGUCAGUAGAAAGAACAGAUAAUGAAUGAAUCAAAUGGAUUGAAUGAAAUUAGAGUGAAGAUGAGGGAAUGUUUUUUUUUACAGCUCAAUCAGAACGCCAAACCGACUCCUAACUAGCCCAUGCUUUGGCCGUUUUAGAGUGUUAUGUACUGUUGUAAGACUACUAACAGAUUCUUCAUUAUAACUGUGGUAUUUUGAAGAUAAGAGUCAUCUUUUUAAUGUUGCCUUUCCAGACAAAGAAGCACAAGACACCCUCAAAGCAUUCUUCUACACUGUAUCACUUAACAUUAUAAUAAUGAUAAUGAUAAUAAUAAGAAUCACCUGGGUUUUUAUAGCGCCUAAUAAGGGUACUAAGCGCUUUACAGAUAAAGUCAAAACGUGCCUAUAGUGACCACCCAAGGGAGACAUAAAAAGGGGUCUUUGUAGACAGGUGGUCACUUAAGCAUGUUUUACUGUAUUAUUACCCUGGUCAGCGCAUUAAGUCAUGCACAAUAUGCACCAUCUCCUCUCCCUGGGGAGUAUUUCUACUGUACAUGUAUGUCACUUAACAUUAUGAUACACAUCACGUUACAUGCAGAAAAGGUUGAAUUAGACACAAUGCCUACUUGUUGCCUCAAACUUCAAUGGAAAAAGAAAAAAGAUAUUGAGUAAAAUGAUUGGUACAGUGAAAGUACAGUGAGACAAGAAAAGUGGUCUUUAUCGGCAGGUGGUCUUUAUGUACAGGUUCAUUUAGUACAUGUUUCAAUGAGAGAACAUUUUCAAGGGAAAUAACAA